AUGGCAGCGAAGAUUGCUCUUUCGCCAGCUCUUGCCAGUCUGGGGCUGCCAGAAGCUUUCGUCGAUGACGACUUGGAGGAUCAUGCUGCCCGACACUCCUUCAGAUCUACCGAGCCGGAGGAAGCAGCUACUUCGUCCUCGCGAGGAGAAACCUCCUACGUCUCGCUUGUAGCUACAGCUCCCUCACCCACACCAAGCUCGCAAUCCUCUACGACAGAUGAAGCAGAUGUGCUUUCUCAUACCGCUACGAAGCUCGAAGAUGCUUUUGUGGGGCCCGCGCUUCAAGCCCACCCCGCAUUUCACGCUCCACGACAGGCGGCAGGACGAUCGCACAAGCGCAAACAGCUCGAUUCGCAGAGAGAUGCUGCGCCUCGAGCACAACAGGUCCCAGCGACAACGUGGCUUGCCGAUCUCAAUGCUCGGAGCGAUUCGCAGCACAGCAGUAGCACGCAGCAUUCCUCCUCAACACGCACAGACGGUAUCGGAGCAGCCAGAGCAAGUAGCAAUGCGAGCAGCUCAAGCUUGAGGAAGAGUGUCAGCAUAGGUCGCCCCUCCAGGCGGGGCAGCGGUCACGGCCCAAGCUCCAGCGGGUCGAGCAGUCGUGAUCUCGGAUCCUCGGGCAAUAGACGCACCGCCCGUCGCCAACUGCAGGGAGAGCAAACGGAAACGGAUAGCCUAGCAAGAAGUGGCAGCCAAGCAAGCACAAUCCCGACAAGCCCAGAGCUGGAGCUCUCCAAUGUGUCCGCUUCGAGCCAGGUCACACCUGCUGUCGACAAGCUGCUCGAGAUUCAUCGGUCCGUGCACGACAUCCCAUCUACUCAGGGUUUGCUUCCUCCAAGCACCGGCGCUCUUGUCGAUGGACGUGCCGAGGUCGACACAGCUGGUGUCUUGUCAAGCAGAUCGCCUCAAAGAUCCCACAUACCCUUGCUAGUACCCGCAGAUUUCGCUACUCAGCGGUCCGAAGCGCACGCAGGUAAUGCUCGGGCUCAACCCGCCUCUGUCCAGCGACAACGACCGUUUGCGGCCCAAGCUGGAUCUACUCCCAAGGUCGCUCAUCGCGUGGCAGGCAGGCCUUCACGAGUAAAAACGGAGGUUUCGCUUGCACAUCGCAACAAACCCUUGCCACCACCUGGCACGCCUUCUCCAACCUCGCCAUUGCUGCCAGAAUACCUCGUCUCAAUGUACUCAGAGGAGGCUGUGGCUGCUUCUCGCUUGGCGAACACCGCGUCCCGCCGCUCACCGUCGCCGCGUCAAGAAACAGCCUUGACAGCGACUGCCACUCGAAUAGGCGCGGAACAGAAUGCUCCAAUCGUCCCAUCACUGACCCCUAGUCCACAUUCGCCAGCGGAAAAUAACCUAAAGGUGCCGGAAGAGACCUCUUCGAGACCUGGCCUUCGUUCCGCGCUACAGCGCUCAAGUCGGUAUCUCUUCAACACUGUCAAGUCGAGCAGCGCUUCGACGUCCGCCUCGGGCGUCUUUCCCGCCUCUUCAAGUUUCACCAGUCUAUCCCCUGCUCACUCCAACACCAGCCGGCCUUCGGUUCAGACCAUUGCAGAUGGCGAGCCAUCGCUCACGCCGUCGCCCAACUCUUCUCAAUCGGAAUUUCCGACGAGAGCGCACUCACGCCUCUCCGAUCGUUUCUCUGGUGCGAUGCGGAGAGGGCGAGACGCGGCGGCAAAUGCUAUGCCUGCUAGAUCCCAUUCUCCUUUUGGCCUACGGAUAUCCAGCGGCGAUUCGACCUCCAAACGGGUUCCGUCGGGCGCAUCUAGUCGGCAUGGUACAGGUCAGAAGACGCUACCGCAAAGAACUUUGUCCUCUCGAGACACUUCAGAGCGAGCUGUCCCGCCAGCCAAACUGCACACUACUGCAGCCACUCAUGAUGUUUCGGCUCCUGGCCACGCCCGAUCGCGCUUAUCACAGAGGUUGAGUCUGAACGACGCUGCCUGGUCGCGAGGCAGUGCACGUCGAGAGGAGAGUCCCGCUAGCAGCAUCCGCGCCAGGGUUGGGGUCGAGCCUAUGACGCCGAGCCGACCAGCGCUGACCCGAAGCAAGUCGCGGAGCAUGAGCGAAAUACAGAAGGUAUAUCUGACGGAGGAAGCUCAAGCAGAGCUAGGUGUCGAUUCUGUGGCUUUGCAGGCGACUGAGCAGCAACAUCUUGCGCCGGGCGCGAAGCAUCUCCCAGUCAGGCGCGAUACCACACUGCGUGCGUCCAUCAUCGACAGAAGCCCACUCUUGAGUCCCAAGUCUGGCGAAGCGAUGCUUAUCAGCGAUGCGCUGACUGCAGCCCGCGCACCAACGAUCAAAGAGGACGAUGGAGUCAGUAUGCUGUCAGAGGCGCCGUCGACAAGCAGUCGUCCCCCAUCCCGGUGGUCUCAAGCGCUACGCAAAAGAGCUAGCACGAGUGCGAGUAGCGACACGGUGGGAAGCCCUCAUUCGAGGGCCAAGAGCAUCGGCGGCACUACAGAUUUUGAGGUCCCAAUCUCUCCCCUUGAAGGAGCCCUUUCUCGUCUGACGGGCUCGAUGCGAUCCAAGCGCGCAACAGCGAUUGAAGAGCCCGGCGCCAGAGGGCCAGUUUCAUCGAUCGUCAAGCGAGGCUCGCAAAAUACUUCUAGAGCCGAAGGUGGCACAUCGGCCGAACAACAAUCUGACAAUAGGCGCUCCCAAACUCAUCGAAGAAUCGUUUCGCUCGGGGCUUCCGAUGUAGCUCGCCUGCGCAACACCUCGGACUCACCUCGUGGUGCGGUUCCCAUGAUAUCAGGCAAAGCAGCUGCACUUCGCUUGCGCGGUCAUGCAGAGCCUGCGUCCUUCACCGCUAGUGUCCAUGAGGGUCUGAGCGCGUCGGAGGCGAUGGCAGUAUCGGCGCUAGACACGGGGGCGAAUCAAGAGACCAUGCACCACGCUCAGAGCGUCCCCAAUUCUCUGGCAUCAACUCUCAGAAUGCCCAAAAUAGACUCGCAUCGCUCGUCGACGGACACUUUGAAGGCGCAUGCACUUGAGGAUACAUCGCCAUCGCUCCGCCCGGCCCACAGCCGCAAAGCUUCAGCUGGCCUGUCGAAGCUUGCCGCGGCAGCGUUGCGACGACCGCGUGCAUCGUCCGUAGAGAAACGCGAGCUGCCUGCCAGGGCAGGCACGUCCAUGGGAUUUAAUAGUGACGCCUUUGACAAAAGACUGGAUCAGGCAAGUGCCUUGCCCACGCGGCUGUCGACGAAAUCGACUGCAGGGCCGGUCUCUGGCUCGCAUGUGCACUCGCGAGAGAGCAGUGUCGCCGGGUCAAGCGAGGCUAGUUUCCGCAGCGCCCGCUCCAAAGAAACGCCUUCUCAGUCUCCAGAGCGGCGCACGUCUCCCUCGAGCGCCAAGACAUUUGCACGUCUGCGCACGUCGUCCACGCUUACCAAGCCAACCAUUGCAUCGGCCGCUCGGGCGCGCAAGGUAGCAGAAGAAGAUUUGCACGUCCCUGGUCGCAACGCAGCUGGACCUCGACACGUGAGCGGACCGGCCGCUCCUCCAAAUCUUGGUGCCUCUUCAAGCCGUGCGAAUGUCCGCCCUGCGCGCGGUGGAACGCUAUACGGCGACCCUUCCGGACUCGCACCGGGCGGCUCAAUCUCCAAGACGGCGCAGACAAAGGCUGGCGCCCCGUCUUAUCCCCCCUCGACAAGCCGCACAAGACGCAAGUCGACGGAUGCCUCCGAGCGUCUCCAUAUGCUUUCAAAGCAGGUCAUUUCUGACGGAAAGGAUGCGUCCUCCCUCUCUGCGCUUGCCGUCUCGGACACCGAGGACGAACCUUUGCACCCACCCCGCACGUCAUCGCGAACUAACAGCUCAUACUUUGCCAACAGAAAGGCCGUCCACGAUCCGCUACCAAAGCCUAGCGACUAUGGCCGCAGUGGCGGGCCAAAACUCCGCAAAGCAGCUAGUCGACCAUCGUUGUCCAUCGACACUGAUGUAGAGACGCUAGUGAGUCCAGCGCGCCCAGCUUCGUCCAUGGACAUCAGGUCCAAAACUCGCACGCAAGAGCAGGCAAGUCCUGUUCGCAGGGUCGGAACCGCUGCUAGGCGCAAAUCGUCUGGUGCAACGCUGAGCAUUGCGGACGACAGGGAAUUUUUGAAGGCUUUAGAGGAUGUUCGAAAGCGCAAUCAACAACGCAUAGCCGCCAAAUUGCUUGUCGAGACCCCACACCCCGUGCAGUUGCACGCUGCUUCUGCUGUGCACCUGCCACUGAGGUCCGAAUCGAAGGCGGCCGAGCCUUCAAGCGCUGCUUCGAGGCAAUUGAUGCGCGCUCGACGACCUCGAUCGGCGAGCGUGGGCGAUCAAGCAACGGGCGCACCGGCCAGAUCUGACUGGCAGCGCAGCUCGCCUGAGAUGACGGCCACGCGCGAAUCAGACUCGGACUCGGACGCAAACGCGGUGCCGACCCCUCUGGAGCGCGGGGUGGGCAUGGCCAGUGGUCGCCUGCGAGACGGCGCCUUCGUCAAUGAUGAUGACUGGAAGCGCGAAGUUUCGAGCCUUUUUGUCAUCCGCGAGAUGGUUCAGACAGAACGCAGCUACACUCGCAACCUAGAGAGUCUGAUGCAGGCCAUUCGCCGUGUGUCUGCUGCAGCCUCGCUCGCUGCAUCGACACCUGUUGGAGGACAUCGUCGACGGUCCUCUGUCGGCUUUGGGCUCUCGGGAGGUCCGGCUGGGAUCUCACCUUCUGGCAAGGCCUCGGCGACACAGUCAGCGUCUCACCUCUUGCUGAUGCGCACCUUGCUGCCGCAGCUCAUCAUAGUCAGCCGGACGCUCGCGACGCGAAUCGACGAGAAUCCCACAGCAGCUGGCGUUGGCGAAGCGUUCCGGAUUGUCGCUCCACAACUCGAGGCCAGCUUCCUGUCAUGGUCAUCUUCUGUGGGCGAGAUCAUGGAUGCGUUGCGCCUGACAGAGGGAGCGAAGGGCAGAAAAGGCGACAAGAUAGGUCUGGUCAGCCUUGUACCCAUUCCUGGCCAGUCCACGGCGGACCACGCCGCAGAUGGUCCGGCUUCUGCAACAAAUACGCACUCAACACAUGCAGCUCUGCAUCACAGCUCGACCAGUAUCGAGGCUCUAGCUCUUACUCGACCUUCCUCGCCUGUAUCGAAUGGAACGCAAGGAUUGACCGCUUCUCCCACUUCCAUCGAGUCUCCCGCGUCGUCGGCCAAGGCUAGCUCAUCACCCCUUGCUCGUAGACGGAGCACUGUGAGCGCUGGCUCCGACUGGUCGUCGCUCCGCCGCGCUUCAGAAUCGGUGGCUGCUCCAUCACCCACUCGACCGUCUGCAUGGAGUCUCAACCCCGCAACCUCAUUUGGGCGACGCGCAUUGGGCGGUUCUAAAUCGACAUUGCCCAACAAAGGACCUAGCACAGCUGCUAAGUUCGCAGGAAUCAGCAACGCACCUUCAGCGUCGACUGCGAAGUCGUUGGCGCCUGCAGACAUCGUUAUCCAGCCGACUCAGCGAUUGCCUCGCUAUGCCCUGUUGUUGCGCGCAUUACAGCAGAACACACCACCUCAGAGCUUGUCUCACGCACGCAUCGAGCGCGCUCUCCACACAGUCAACCGCAUUUCGACACUCUGCGACACGGCUGCACGGACCAUAGCUCAGCCAGACCCAACCCCAGGCAAGACGGCUGCUGUCGCAUCCUUGCGAAAUGCUGCAGCAUCGACCAAGGCUUGA